AUGACAGAGUCCACACCAAACCACGGCCCGGCUCUUGAACGAGGGCUAUGGGUCGCGGUGAUCAUAGCGGCCUUGGUUGUAAUUCUUAGGGUGUUUGCUAAGAUUAAGAUCAACCGCUUUCACUUCGAUGAUGUACUGAUGAUCAUCGCAUCGAUUUUGGCGAUCGUCUCGACCGUUUUUCUCACACUUUCCGUCAAUCACGGCUUCGGCAAGCCCCUAGGGAACCCCUUUACCCAUGACACUUCCCUCGUCUUGAAGUAUAUCGCCAUACAAAUUCCCAUCGUUACCCUCAGUACAACCUUCGCUCGAUCCUCAUUUAUCAUAUAUCUUGUCGCAGUUCUGGGGACAAAGAAGGCAUAUAAGAUUGCAUUAUGGGCUAUCCUCGCUAUCCAACUGGCUGGGAAUAUUGCGUCGGCAGUCUUGCCAUUGAGCAUCUGUAAGAACGUGAAUAUUCUGUGGAAUCCAACCAUCAAAACAACUUGCGGAGAUACCAAAGCAGUCAUCAACUUCGCGUACUUUUCCAACACUUUCAACUCGGCUGCCGAUCUAUUCCUGGCAGUAUUCCCGACCGUUGUGUUCUGGAAUCUCAACUUGAAAUUGCGUAUCAAGAUCAGUUUGAUUGGUCUUCUUAGCCUGGGCAUUGUCGCUAUGGUGGCUUCCAUAAUCAAGACUACCAAGCUCAAUACCUUGCCCAGCAUCACGAACCUUGGCGCCGCUGGUGGAAUUGAAUUGAUUCGUUGGGGUUACGUCGAAAACGCCAUCAUCAUCAUCACCUCGUCGAUUCCAUGUAUCCGCCCCUUGAUUAUUUCGUCCGUACGAAAGCUAUCCAGUGUCACUCGGUCAUAUGAGCUCAGUGGUCCUUUCAGCAACCGUCGAACAAACCCAAACGAUGGUACUCAAACGCGCAAGACGCGUAGCAAAUUCAGCAAACCUCACGACUUGGAGUAUGGCAGCAUAGAUCACAUUCUUGACAGAGAAAACAGUGCUACAGUGGGUGGUGACAAUACUAGCUUUCCUCGCGAUAUGAACCCGGGGAUCACGAAGCAGGUUGACAUUGAAGUCGUUUCCGAUGAUAACACAUCGCGAUCAGACUCUACUACACAACAUCAUGUCACUCACGGAAUUUGA